CCCCCCCCCCUUUUUUCAAUUUUCUUUUUCAACUUUCUUUUACGCUUUGCUCGAUUUCGAUUUUAAAUUUUUGUGAAUUUCUUAUCUUCUUUUCUUUUUUGAUUACCACAACCUUUAACAACUAUCCUCGGCAGCAACAGCUAACAAGCGUAGUACCUUUAUAAACAUGUCUCGCAUAUCUGGAAAAUUGGGCGAACUUCAAGCGGCGUACCAGCGUGCCGUCAGCUUAUGGCCAAUGGAUAAGCUGCGGCCUACUCACUGUUACAAGAGCGUGCUGAAGCAACAGAUGAACAAAAAGUUUGACAAGCUGAGUGCACUGCGUGGUGACCAGCUUAACUCAGAAAUUACAGUUGUCCAGAAGGAGCUGGAUGCGCUGAACAACCUGGUGUCGAACAGGUACCGGUCUCAGUACAAAGUGUCGGAAGCAAUCAGCGAUCCGGUCUCCCACAAAGGGUACUACACACAGCUGCUCAACAGCAUUGAUGAUGCCGUCAAGACCAACAGAAAGACGUCGUUGCGGGUUGAUUAGACUAGACUAGACUAGUUUAGUUUAGAUCACUCAUGGUUCUGUGGGUUGCAGUGUAUAGAUAAAUAAAAAUU